AUCAAAAACCUUGCUUUGCUUUUAUUAGUGUCCUCUCGUGACUUUGGAGUCUAAUUCCUGUUGCAGUCCAUCUUGAGUCCAUUAUUUUCUUCACUAAUCACUAAUUUAAUCCAAAACCCAUCUCUCUUUUUCUCUGUUUAAAGAUUUUUAGUAGCUGAGAAAAUCCACAGAUUAUAAGACAAGAACUUAAGGAAAGAUCCCUUUUGAUAAAAGUAAGUUUUGGUUUCUACUCAAUCUAGUACUUAAUAUGGUAUGCUAGUACAAGAAAUGAUUACAGCAUUUAUUUGCAGUAAAAAAGGUUAACAUUUUGUGAAUAUUUUGGAGUUUUUUUUUCUUUUUAAAUCUGCAUGUUUGAUUGUAGCUGUCACUUUCAGAUUGUUUAGUAGCGUUGGUGGGAAUCUAGGAACUGGCUCUGCCUACUCAAGUAUGGUUGAAAAGUACUGGUACUAGAACCACCCCAUGGGGCUGCUUGCCAAUUUAACUGAUUAAUUAUAGAGUACUAGUUGUAAAAGUAAGAAUUUCUACUGUUUCAUUAUUUUUCUUUAGUUUUUGGUUCGAAAGAGAAAAUGGGUUUUUCCUAUUUGCCAUAAAGUAUGCUUCUGUGGGCUCUGGUGUAUUGGUCUUAUGUGCAGUCACAGGAUUAGAAAGCAGAACCUUUUUUUUUGUAGUAUUUAAUUUCAUUUUUGUUGUUUUCUUGAACAACUUUUUGGUGUGUUGUUGAUGUGAAAAGAUUGGAUUUUUACAGUACUUUCAUUAUUUGACUGUCUCAAAAUUGGACUGUGAAAAGAGAGAUUUUUAUGAGUAAUGUGUAAGAAUUUUAGUGCUACUAAUAGUUGUUGUGGGCCUGGUUCUGUGAAAACUGUUGUUAUCAGGAUGGCUUUUGGCUAUUGGAAUUUGGUAGAGAAAGCAGCAGAAAUGGGAUUUUGAAUACUGUUUUCUAUCCAUUUUAGACUUUCUGGGUUUUUCUCCUUUGUUUGGUUUCUUUCUUGGUGGUCUCUUUCACAGGGUCAGCAUUUCACAAUUGUCCAUUUCAUCAUUUCUGAAGCAAAUCACCAUUGAAUUCAUCAUCAGCUAGCGUCUCCCUCACUUCCUUGUGAUUCUUGUUGAUAUUUAUUGGUACUCAGUGCAGUUCACUUGGCUAUUUUUAGGGCUUUUGUCUUUAUUCUUGCUUACUGCUUUGCUCUGACACAUCUCCUUUCACAGUUCAAAUCUACCAAUCAAUCACUUGCUAUUUAUACAUAACUUCAUUUCCAAAGAAUUUACUGAUAUCCCAUUUAAGUAAAAUCAGUGGUUCAGAAAUAUAGUUCAAGCUUUGAUCUGAAGUGCUCAGCUUUUGUUUGAUAUCUUUCUCUGUAAUUGAAGAAGAAUUUAAUUGCUCAAUUGAAAGCUAGGCUAGAUGACAGCUGAUGAAUCAACUAGUGCUGUCUGGAGUAGAGAGCAAGAUAAGGCAUUUGAGAAUGCGCUGGCUACUUAUCCUGAGGAUUCUGCAGAUCGUUGGGAGAAAAUUGCAGCUGAUGUCCCAGGAAAAUCCUCAGAAGAGAUUAAACAUCACUAUGAGAUUUUGGUUGAUGACGUUAAUCGGAUCGAGUCUGGCUGUGUACCUUUACCUAGCUAUAGUUCUUGUUUAGAUGGUUCAACAAGCCAAGCUGGUGAUGAAGGAACAGGCAAGAAAAGUGGCAAUUUGGGACACUUUAGCAGCGAGUCUAACCAUGGAGGCAAGGCUUCAAGAUCAGAUCAGGAGCGGCGCAAAGGGAUUGCCUGGACAGAGGAUGAACACAGGUAAAUUAUGUUGCACUCAAU